GGGGGUUCAAGCAUCUGGCAAGCAAAAGGCAACUGGGAUGGGGUGCUCAGCUGUUGGCACUGGUCUGAAGAUUUAUGACAGGUUAAGGUUUUCAGCCUUGUAGAUCAAGGCAUCUCACAACUGUGCUGUCAGGGAAUUAUUUUCAAUUUCGUAGGGUUUUUUAAAUUGCUUUGAAUAUAGGCUUACAUUCAUUUUUCUGGAGGGGAGAAUACUGAGUCCUUUGUUUAAUUAGUCUGUUAUAGUAUGUUUGCUUGAAAAGAGCUUGCUUAGACCACGAGUACCAGAGCUAGUGGUGUGGUGUUCUGGUCAAGUAAGUGAAUGUUAAAGUUUAUUUCCUGCCCUUUUCAAGUUUCUAAUGGUAUAUACUGUCUUCUGUGAUUCUUCCCAACACAAGAAUUAUAAAGCUUGCUUCCAUAGUAACUCCUUCAGUUUUAAGGUGGGAAGCGUCCAGCUUUGGAAUGGCAGCCAGUACAGCUGCAGCUCAUUGCUCAACAUCACAAAAAUCAGUGUUAAUAUUGUGAAAUUUAUCCAAAAUCUGUCCCAUUAUCAUGCAGAUAAUGGUUAGUUCUCAGGAAAACUGAAUCUGUGCAGAGUCUUCACGCCUUGUACGUCCUUUCUGUUGGGAUGUUUUGCUUUCUGCCUUCCAAAGUGAAGCAGUCUUGCAUUUGAGCUGUUAACUGUACGUUAUCCUGUGACUGCCACCCAAAUAAGGCAUGUGGUCCGUGCUGUGGUGGGAGGGGGGAGAUCCUAAUGUAUUUUUAAAUAUAAAAUGGUACUGACAUGAAUCAGUCCACCUGCCAAUGGACAGCUGAGCUGUUUGAGUUCCCACCUUUUUGAAUGUAGUUGGGCUGGAAGGCUGGCAGUCCAGUGUAAGUGGGACCCAGGAGCAGGCCCACACGCUCUGCAGUGUCGGGUUUGUGAAGCAGCUCUGUGCUGUGCCUCUGAGCCAGCUGAGCUCACCCUUGUCCUUUCUGGUGCUUGCAGCCAGGCCAGCUCCCCCUUCCAGGGUGAAGAAGCCAUUGCUGUCUCCUCAUCCAGCAGUGGAGUGGCAGGGAAGAGGCGUGCAAGGAGAGGACUGUGCAGCAGUCACCUGCUGGCCCCUGGUACCAGCAGUCCCACGUAUAUGCAACCUGUACUGUGUUCUGUCAUGCAGAGGAGCUGUUUAUAAUCUACUGUAUUACAGCAGUUGAAAUAUAUUUUCCUAUUAGAGGAGAAAAAAAAAACCAACAAAAACUGUCUUGGCCUGUUUCUUUCCUGAGGUUCUGGAUUGGUUUGGGAUGAGGGUGGCAGAAGAAGAAGGGGAAGGGGAGUAAAGCUGGGCUUGGGGCAGGGUAAUGUGUGGGGUUGUUCCCCUGGGAGGGGAGCUGCUGUGAGAGGCUGCUUCCAGAAUGCAGGGAUGGCAAUGCUCUGUUUCCAUAGUGAUGGAGUCAGCGAGGAGCUGCCUGGCUGGUAAUAGCUAGCAGAUUGCUCAUUACUGAAAACUUCCUUGGUUAAGCAUAAAAAAAAAAUCCAAGCAUCUCUUCACCAUGCCCACCAAUGGAAUGCCAGUUCCUGGACCGAAUGCAGUUGGAAGACAAAUGAGCAAUUCCUUGUGCAUGGGAUCUGUCAGCAAGGACCAUUCAGAGAUCCCUUUGUUAAGGGGUACAUCGAGGAUGCUGGACCACGUCAGGCCUGUUUCUUCCUCCCCAGAGUACAGUUUUGUUCCCGAAGAGAUUUUCCGAGCCCUGACCUGUGCUAGCAGUUCUCUUGGCAGCCCAGACUACUUACAGUCCUACCAAAAAACAAAAACCACAAUGGGCUUCAGGGGCUGCCUGCAAACCCCAGAUCGGCUUUGGCAUUAUCCUAAUCGUCGGAGCAAGUUCAGACACUUGACAGACCACCCUGUCAGCUUGACAGGCGCUGGAAGGGAUGUCUCUUACUUGUGUGAUGUGAUGAUCCAAGAAGAUAAGAAAACAGUGGCCCUCAAAAGCUCUUUUUCUCAGAGUCCUCAGGAACAAAGCAGUGGUACAGUCUCAAGUACUUCUCAAGCAACCCUAGCAGAUAGUUUGGUUCCUGAGGAAUUUCACAUCGUGAGAAAGCAGGGAGUUUUGCCCUUGAAGUACUUUGAUGAUAAAUACACAACUCUGCUUGAAGACAGUGAAAAGAGGCUACGUCUGUUCCCAUCCAUGAAACCUUCUGGGAGGUUAGAGGUCAUACAGCUGAUGGAGGCAAUGGACAGCAUGUUGGAAAAAGCUGGAGUAGAUGAGCUGAUUGGAGUAACAGGACCUUCACAGCUGCACAACGUGCUGGAGCUGAUGAAGGCGGAGCAGAACAUUUACAACAUAGUUUUCCAUGAGCUGAUUCGGCAGGUCAGCGUAGACUGCAAGGAGAGAGGACAGCUGCUUUCUAAACUCAGGCAGAGGUAUGUGGAUCUCCUGGAGCGUAUUCCGCAGCAGAUGAAGACACUCUACAAAAAAAUGAUGGCUCAGCGACUGGUUGACAGACAUAUUACAGAAGAACUACUCUAUUUUAAGGAGUGUGUUGCGCAGCUGGCCAGUGAACUGUAUGAGGUACGAGAACAUGACUGCAAGGUGACCAAAGAAGCAGAAAAGGCUCAAAAAGAGCUAGCUGCAGCCAUGCGAGAGGCAGAGGCAAAUGCAAACCUUCUGGAACAGUAUCGAGAGUUAUACGAGUUACAGAGGAGAAGGCUGGAAGACCAGGUUCUGAUGGUAGCUCAAGAGAGAGACAUUUGGAGCUCAGCUGUACGUGACCUGGCUCUGAUGAUAAUAGAAAGAAACCAGCUCACGUUGUUUCGCAGGCUCCAUAUAAGUGGGAAGGCUCUGACCAAGGUUCUCAAGCAUUUCAUAGUCCUUCUGGCCUCAAAGGAUCUGAGAGACCUUGCUGAUCUACAGGAGGAGACUGAGCAGUUCAAAGCAAUAUUAGGUCAUGUUGGAGCAGACAUAGAGCAUUUGGAGGAGUCCAGCAAGGAAAAACUGCAAAUUGUGCGCAGAAACCUCAACAAAUGGCUUCAGUACCAACACAGUAACUUUUCCUUUCAGAUGAAAGAAGAGCUAUUGGAUGAGAUCUUAGAAGAUACAAAGCUCUUAAUAAAUAUGCUGAAGGAAGACGUACAGCUGUAUGCAGGGGAGACAUAUCUAGCCAAGACUGAAAGUCUCAGGAGUGCUGCCAGGAUACAGGAACACUGGACAGAGCUAGGAGAAACGGUGCUGAAUCGACACCAGGACUUAACUGGAGCAUUGCCUCCACAGUUCACUGCCCUGGAAGAAAUAAACCAAAGUGCACGUGAACUCUAUCAGCAAUAUAAUAUAAGGAUAAGUGGGAAUAAUGGCACAGCUAGAUUUUUGACAGUCUUGGUGAGAAGCAUGGAAGAUUGGUUAUUCAAGGCGCAAAAGCUAACGCGAGGUUCAGGCACGCAUGAAACUGAACUGCAGGCAUUUUAUCACAUGAUUCCUUCAUGGUUGACCCAAGUGGAUGCAUUAAUGAGCAUUAUAGGCUCUAGCCAGUUGCAUAAAGCUGAAAAUGAUAUGGAACUGCAUUUCCCGGUGGUACCUGGAGAAUUUUUUAAGAGGAUUCAACAAUGGAUUUUGUCCAUGAACAUUGAGGUUGAGAAGAGCACCAUGCAUCUUAAUGAAGAAGUGACUGAACUGCACAGAAACCUGACCCUGUGGCUGGUGAAUUUGCUGCAAUAUGUGAUAGCGGAUCGCUUGUCCUGCCGGUGUCCCCAGCAGCAAGAGUCAGACUUUGAGAUGGGCAAGGAUCUCAGUCUUCAGAGUGCUCAGGAACUACAGGAAGAAGCAGAAAACCUGGUUGCCAAGAUGUGUGGACUGUCUGGUUCUGUAGUCAGCUGCUGCCAUGAGAUUGUCAGUGCAAUUGUUCGGAAGAAACGAUCAGAGAAGGAUGCAGAAGCUGAUUUUGAGCUAGAGGAGCUGAAUAAACUCAAGACUGAGUGCUAUAACUGGAUUCAUGUGUGUAGCCUUCUCCUUUCAGAGAUCAAAGGCACUCCAGUCUCCUUUCUGCAUUUAGAAGAACUGAGAAACCUCUUUGGAUCAGAGGAAUUGCAGUUGAAACUUAAGGACACUAUCAUUUCUUCAACUCAAGAAGGGCUUGAAGGUGAUGAUGCCAACAGCGAAAAGAAACCAAUAACAGAGAAAGAAACAUCAACAGUAAAGGAGAAAAUUGUCCUUAUGCAGGAGCAACCAGGUGCUAGUACAGAUGAUAUGAUUGAAGGCGAUGAAGCUACUGCCGAUGUGAUCAGAUAUGUAGGACAGGACUCCAACAUCCACCUGAAGUCCUUGAAGUCAGACAUCAUUUCAGUUACAGGGAGAGAGAUGACUGCCAGCAAGUCAUCAACUCCCUUUUCUCAGAAAGAGUUUGAAGCCCUGGCACUGCUGGAACACCUACAAGUGCAGCUUAUAGAAACAGAAAUCCGUGCUCAGAAUGCAGAGCAGAGAUCUGAAGAUUUUGAGAAGAAGCUGGAAGAAGCCCUAGAGAGAAUCCAGGAGCUAGAGAGUGAGCUGGAGAAAAGGGGCAAAGUCGUCCGAGAACCAACACCUAAAGAAGGGCAAGAAAAAUGUUUACAAGAAAGCUUGCCUGAAGGGGAAGCCUGCUCAACUCCCAAAACUUCCACCUCUGGCCAGCCCAAGCAAUCCAGAAAAAGCAAAAAAUAAAAAAUAACAAUAUCUGAGCA